GAGAGAGAGAGAGAGAGAGAAGCCGUCGGGUGCACGCUGGAGGUUACCACAGGACACCGCGCGCUGCUGUCGGACACAAACUAUGUGGGAUUAUUUCUUCACCUUUGAGCCGUCUUCACCUCUGGAUAAAUGACUUACUGCACACGGCGAAAACAUCUUGUUGUGUGACAGCACAACAGACGCGGUGCCCUGCUCCAUGUGUCGGAGUUGCUUGUUUUUCGUGAACUGCUCGGACUCCUGGAGCCGGAGCACGGCCGGCGCUCCGCCGCGGAGCUGGACGCGGUGACUGUUUUCUGCUGUGAAGGUCUGUGCUUGCAGCGCGUGUGGAUCUAACGGGAACCGCUUGUCACGGUACAGGAGCAAGUCGCGACUAUUCGCCUCGCCGGCUACGAGGACUAUUACUAAAACAGAGAAUUUAUAACACACUCGGAAAACAUCAAAACAUCACGGUAAAACUGUAAACCAGGCCAGGCUACAACAGUUUACGACCCAGCAGGAGAUAACACAGAAUUAAAGUCCGACAGGGUCCGUGUAAACUCCCGAGCUCACACAGCUUUGCGUUCCUUCAGGCCAGAGCCUGUACGGUAUAACCCCGUUUCAUCUCUAAAUUAGUUCAAGAAGGGCUGUAAUUAAGACAAGGCUCGAACAGCAUCUUCUGCUUCUGCGGGGCUGGCUACUUUGUUUCUUGAAUUUUGUUGAGGAGAACACAAGGACAGCGUUUGCUUAGUUUGUUCUUCUGUUUGUGUUUAUCGACCCAAACGGGCCUCAAAGAGGCGAAGAGGGGUCACAAGGACAGCUUGACCCGUCAUCCCUCCCUCUCUCUCUCUCUCUCUCUCUUUCUCUCUCUCUCUCACUCACACACACACACACACACACAAUCUCUCUCUCUAUCUCCAUCAGUCUGUUAUGAAGAUGUGAAGUCUGCCCUCCUUCCCUCUCCUCGUCAUCCGGGGCGUUUUGAUCUUCUUUUCUCUACUUGACUGAAACAGAUCAAAGGCGACGCGCCUCUCUCUCUCUCUCUCUCUCUCUCUCUCUCUCUCUCUCUCCCCCUCCCUCCCUCCCUCUCUCUCUCUCUCUCUCUCUCACACACACACACACACACACACACACACACACUGGAAACCUCAAAACUCCUCUUGAGAUGUAUGAAAGCGUGGAUGUGGUGGGUUUGAGUCCCAGCCCCCGCAGCCCCAGCUCUGGCUCUUUUCUGAGCAUGGACUACUACCACAGACCGCCGGGUCUCGGUGGCUGCCUCGGCCAGGAGAAGGGCCUCCUCUCCGGGGCAGGGGGGCUCCAGCGGCCCUUCGGAGGUUCCAUAGUGAGCAGCAGGCACUGGAGCGGCUCCAGCCACUCCAUAGAAACGGGCAGCACCAGUUCGGGCGAGGACCUGCUGGUGUCGAGCCCCCCGUCCCCGCCGCCGCCGCCGCCCCGCGUCUACAAGCCCUGCUUCGUGUGCCAGGACAAAUCCUCAGGAUACCACUACGGCGUCAGCGCCUGUGAGGGCUGCAAGGGGUUUUUUCGGAGGAGCAUCCAGAAGAACAUGGUGUACACGUGCCACCGAGAAAAGGUGUGCGUCAUCAACAAGGUGACGAGAAACCGGUGUCAGUCCUGCCGGCUGCAGAAAUGCUUCGAUGUCGGCAUGUCCAAGGAGUCUGUGCGAAAUGACAGAACAAAGAAGAAGAAGGAGGAGAGGAGGCUGGAGGGGGCGGAGAGCUACGUCCUGUCAGCGGACACAGAGGAGAUGAUCGAGCGGGUUCGCCGGGCCCAUCAGGACACGUUUCCCUCGCUCUGCCAGCUGGGAAAAUACACCACGAGCAACAGUGCGGAGCACCGUGUCUCUCUGGACGUCAGUCUGUGGGACAAAUUCAGCGAACUCUCCACCAAAUGCAUCAUCAAGACGGUGGAGUUCGCCAAGCAGCUGCCCGGCUUCACCACAUUAACCAUCGCUGAUCAGAUCACCCUGCUCAAAGCUGCCUGCCUCGACAUCCUGAUUCUGCGGAUCUGCACUCGCUACACCCCUGACCAGGACACCAUGACCUUCUCCGACGGCCUCACUCUGAACCGGACCCAGAUGCACAACGCCGGGUUCGGCCCGCUCACAGACCUCGUCUUUUCCUUUGCCAACCAGCUGCUCCCGCUGGAGAUGGACGACGCCGAGACGGGCUUGCUCAGCGCCAUCUGUCUGCUGUGUGGAGACCGUCAGGAUCUGGAGCAGUCAGAAAAGGUGGAUGUUCUUCAGGAGCCGCUGCUGGAGGCCUUGAAGAUCUAUGUGAGGAGGAGGAGGCCAGAUAAACCCAGCAUGUUCCCUAAGAUGCUCAUGAAGAUUACUGACCUCAGGAGCAUCAGUGUGAAAGGAGCGGAGCGAGUGAUCACAUUGAAAAUGGAGAUACCAGGCUCCAUGCCUCCUCUCAUCCAGGAGAUGCUGGAGAACUCUGAGGGACUGGAGGGACAUGGCGCAGGAGGAGGGAGGGAAGGAAGAGGAGGAGGACGAGGAGCGAGAGCGGGAGGACAGGGUGAAGCAGAACCUGGCAGCUGGCACCCAAGUCCGUCGCCCAAAUCAGUCCCCUCUCCCAGCCCCAGCCCUGUCCCCUGCUCCCCAUCACCGUCCCCCUCGCCCUCUUCCUCCCUCUCCACCUGACAGCCCACACUGUCUGCACUCAGCACCUCUGCUCCACACAGUGCCACCCCGGGGCAACACUGUGGUACAGCAGCCAAGAAGCCCAGAGAGACAGAUCACAUAAAUUAAAGAAAAUCAAAAAAACAGUGAUUGAGAAUCAACAUUUUCAGACAUGCUGGAUUGCCGAAUGACAUAAAAAAACAAGACUAAAUCCGGAAAAGAGGUUUGCCUGGAUUUUUAAAUGACAGAUAAUCUGGAAAAGGAACAGAACGAAGGAAAGCAGAGGUUCAGACCUCCCUGGUUAGCAGAACAAGAGGCUAAUGCUUCUACUGGUUGACUUCACCGGCAACAUGUUGUGUCUCCUGAAAGUGAGCCUGACUUCAUGCUUGCCAAAACAAGUAUAAUGCAAUAGCUGUGAGAUUGAAUGAAAGCAGGUGUGAGCUUGAACUGUGCCACGCAGACUCAUUUACAGUUUGAUACGCCUGGAUGACCGCCUCACACGCUGUCUAGGAGUGACAAAAACAGUCCAGAUAAGAAGAAUAACUGUGUAUUAAAUGCUUGUAGGGAGAUGGUAAAGAGUUGAUUUUCUAUUGCUCUGAAUGUAUAGUGAUCUGAACCAGGGUGGCAGAUGAAAUUUGGUUUUGAAAAUUUUGCCUGCAGCUGGUAACUUUGUCUCAUGUCUAGAUGAACACUUUGCCAGAUUACUUUUGGAGAUUCUUUUCAUUAAAAAUGGCUGGUAACAGA